AUGAGCUCCAGCAAGCCGGGGACCUGUCCAUGCCAGCGUGCUGCAGGGCGCCCAGCCAUUCUGUAUGCACUUUUGAGCCCCAGCCUCAGGGCCAGACCUUCUGUGCCCCCAGCCCAUAGGCACUGCCUCUGCAGUCAGCACCGGCCUGUCCGGCUGUGUGCUCCCCAUCGCACCUGCAGGGAGGCCGUGGAUGUUCUGGCCAAGACAGUGGUCUUCCUCAGGAACCUGCCGUCCUUCUGCCAGCUGCCCUUCCAGGAUCAGCAGCAGCUGUUGCGGGGUUGCUGGGGCUCCCUCUUCCUGAUUGGGUUGGCCCAAGACACUGUGACCUUCGAAGUGGUGGAGGCCCCGGUUCCCAGCAUACUCAAGAAGAUCUUGCUGGAGGAGCCCAGCAGCAGUGCAAGAAGCGGCCAGCAGCCGGAUCGGCCCCAGCCCUCACUGGCUGCGGUGCAGUGGCUUCAGUGCUGCCUGGAGUCCUUCUGGAGCCUGGAGCUGAGCCCCAAAGAGUAUGCUUACCUGAAAGGGACCAUCCUCUUCAACCCUGACAUGCCAGGCCUCCACGCCUCCUCCCACAUCUGGCAUCUGCAGCAGGAAGCUCAUCAAGCACUGUGUGAGGUCCUGGAGCCCUGGUGCCCAGCAGCCCAAGGCCGUUUGGCUCGUGUUCUCCUCACAGCCUCCACCCUCAAGUCCAUUCCGCCCAGCCUUCUUGGGGACCUUUUCUUUCGCCCUAUCAUUGGAGAUGUUGACAUCACUAGCCUCCUCGAGGACAUGCUUUUGCUGAGCCGACCUGCUCCGGCCCAAGCAGAGAUCAGCUGUAGCUUGAGCAGAAGCUGGCAAUACUGA